AUGAAGAUGAAGAAUGAGAAGUAUGAUCCAGAGAGAGAUCCAGAGAUCAACAGAGAAGUGAUUGUGAAACUGGCUGAAGUGGCUUUCAAACAGCUGAUGAAGGGCAAUGUGAUGUUCUAUGAGGAGGAUCUGAGAGAGUGUGGGAUAGACAUCACUGACGCCUCGCUGUAUUCUGGCAUCUGUACUGAGAUCUUUAAGGAGGAAUCUGUCAUUCAUCAGAGGAAGAUCUACAGCUUCAUACAUCUCACCGUUCAAGAGUUCCUCGCUGCGUUCUACUGGUUUCACUGCUGUACAUGCAGAACUCUCACAGCGCUUGAAGAUUUUCGACCCUUGUAUAAUAUGCUCAAAGUGAAUGAUCAGACUCUGUACAGAGAGAUUGAGGAGUUUGUGAGAUCAGACAAACACUCAGAGAAGAAACUCUCUGCUGCUCACUGUUCAGCAAUAGCCUACAUGCUUCAGAUGUCAGAGGAGGUGAUGGAUGAGUUUGAUCUGAAGAAAUACAACACAACACAGGAGGGCAGAAGAAGACUCACACCAGCUGUCAACAACUGCACAAGAGCUCUACUUGCUGAUCUCACAGUCAAGUCUUGUAGAAUCAUCGCUUCAGCUCUUCAGUCCUCUGAGUGUCCUCUGAGAGAUCUUGAUGUGAGUAACAAUGAUCUUCAGGAUUCAGGAGUGAAGCUGAUCUCUGAUGCUAUCAAGAACACAAACUGUCAUCUAGAGAUACUGAGGUUAUCAGGUUGUAUGGUGACAGAUGAAGGAUGUUGUUAUUUGGCCUCAGCUCUGAGUUCAAACCCGUCACACCUGAGAGAACUCGACCUGAGCUACAAUCACCCACAACACUCAACACUUCAGCUGCUCGCUUAUCAAGAUGAUCCAAACUACACACUCAACAAACUCAAUUUGGAAAACGGAGAGCACUUCAGAAUCACCAGGACCGAGAAAAUAUAGAUGUCUGUGAUCUCAUGCUGGACCCAAACACAGCACACACGUUAAUCCGUCUGUCUGAGGAGAACAAAAAGGCGACCAGUGUGAAGGAUCCUCAGCCGUAUCCUGAUCAUCCAGACAGAUUUGAGAACUUUGUGCAGGUUCUGUGUGGAGAGAGUCUGACUGGAAGCUGUUACUGGGAGACUGAAUGGAGCGGUUGGGUUGAUAUAGCGGUGACGUAUAAAGGGAUCAGCAGGAAGGCGUCAGAUAUUGAGGCCUUGGAUGAAAGAGUCUGCUAAAUGACUAAAUGUAAUAGUAAACUCUAUAACAGGCAAUGACACACCCAAGAAAAAAUAACAUGGAAUCAAUUCUGCUUAGCUUGUUUCUGUUUCAACACAUGAUUAUAAAAACUAGGUAAAGUCUUUGCAUAAAAAGCAAAGGUCAAGAUCAACUAAAAGCAAACACUCAUCUCUAUAAUGGUGACUCAACAUGUAGGGUGACCACCUGCUAAUAAGCCAAAGGGGGGACAAGGGGUAUGUUUCUGAGGGACAAUGUGGGACACUGCCUGGCGCGGCGGUGCCCCCAUCCCCCGGACAGACUCACAGAUAGUGGUUUACCCAUUUCUAGCACAUACCACCGUACAUGGUAUAUUAAUAAUGCCCUAUUCCCCUAAACAUGUGUAAUUGCUGAUGUAUUCUCAUGAAUAGGCCAGCCAAUGUAUAUUUUUUUACAUAAAGAUUCACAAUAUUUGGAACAUUCAAUGAAUUGAUAAAUGCACUUCCACUUACGAUUUACUUUAGCUAUUUUAUUUUCCCAGUCUUUCUUGUACCCACACCUUCUCUUUUUAAUUAAUGGCUCAGACCAGUGGCCUUGUUAGGCCCUUUUUAGGGGAGCUAAAGCCCCCCUAAAGUUCUAGCUCAGCCCCCCCCUAAAAUAUUGUGUGUAAUGUAAUCUGUACAAGAAUUUGAGAUCGCUUUAUAGCCCCCAUUAAAACUCUUAUUAUGAAAACGGCGUUAGGCUGCGUUAUUUAGCGCAUUCUUCAGUUCACACACGUCAGCACAUUGGAGUUAACGUCAUAAGCAGUAACGUUAUAAGGUGUGUUCAUUAACAUGACAUCUGCAUUUUUGCCAUUCUUUGUUAUAAAUGCAUCUUAAUAUGAUGUGCGAUGAUAUGAUUAAUAUGAUCUUAAGCGAUACAAGACCAUUUCCCAUUCACUGUUAAAAAGUUUUAUGUGCGUUCACCCCUCGUUAACGAUUUGUUAACUUUACCUCAAGGCAAAUGAAAGAACUAAACACCAAUGACGUCAUACUUCCACGAUCAAGAUGAUAUUGUAGCGCACAGAAAGUGUCAUUAAUGAUGAUGUGCUAUAGUUAUAGAGAGUUGACGGUAGUUUUGACAGGACGGCAGAUAAGAGUUACUGUAGAUCAGCCUGGUGCGGCAGUGUUAUUCAUUGUUCUGAGUUCUGAGGAAAUAAAAGUGUACAGAAGCUCUAUGUCGUUUUUCAGACGCUUCAGUAUUUUUAUCAUUAAUUGAAAACAUAUUGUGGAGGUAAUAGAUGAACACACACACUGUAAAAAAUGUUACGUAAUUUUUACGGAAAAAUACCGGCAGCUGUGGUUACCAGUAAAAUUCCGUAAAAAAUACAGGAAAAGAAUGUAAACAGCUUUGCAGUUUAAAACUUCAGGACACAAACUUCAAACUGUGAAUGAACUUAAUACAUUUGAGCUUUUUAUAUUAACAACAUUUCUUUAUAGAAAAUGAAAACUUGGUCCAAAUGCAUAAAAGUGAUAACAUUACAUUUACUUAAUUUAUUUCUUUGUAAUUCAUUAUAAAAGUCACUUUUAAACAAAUCAACAUGCAAGCUUGACAUCAGAAUAUCUUUGCCUGACCGUGAGUUAAACACAGACUCAACUCUUCAGCUUAGUGGUGACCCACAAAACAUUUAAUAUCAGAAAAGAAAAGAGAAAAUACAAAUUCCGUAGUUUUUACGGAAAAAUACCGGCAGCUGUGGUUACCAGCAAACUACCGUAAAAUUACGGGAACAUCCUGUUUUUAUUCAUCCAAUCAAUUCACAGUGGAAAACAUGACCCACACCCACUAUUCAUUUUGUGAAUACUGAAGACGAUCAUUACUUCUGCUUCACAGGGACUGCAGCAUAACAGCCAUGACUUGAUGCUUCAUUGGUUUAUUUAAAGUCACCGUUUUUAUGAUCAGGGUUUGCUUUAGUUGGUCUCUUUCAGCCGUCACACAUAAGUUUACAGUUAUCUUUGGGCUACAAUGACAUUUUUUAAACAUAGUUUUGCAGCAAAUCACAUCAAAUGAAAGUGUGAUUAGGUAUUUACUCUUUAUCUGGGAUGUUGUUUAAUUACUUAUUGUAUUUUUUGUUACAAACGCCUCAAUGAAUCUACUUUUAAAAUUCACUUUUUAUGCAACAAUCAAUCUAAAAAGUAAUUGAACUGUUAAAAAGCUUGCAUUUGUUCUUUGACUCAGACAUCAAGAAUCAGUGUAUGAAUCUCAACAGUGGUGACUAACAAAUGAAAAGCUUACAGCCGCAAUGCAUGCUGGGAGUCAUUGAUGAGUUUUGUGCUUUGAUGAUACCAAGAAUGCAUUGCGUUUAUCUUUAGAGGGUUUUUCUGUUGUCACCAUUGUUGAGACAAACUGUUAUAUUCUAGAUAUCUGCUAGAACAUUUAUCACGUGUUAGAUGUGCUGUUAAAGACAUUCAGUAUAUUAAUUAAUAUCAUUCAAUAACAUAAAUGAGUACAAUAAGUAACUUUAAAGCACUACCUAAACUCUUGAACAUGUACUUACUCACCAACACAAAUUAUUUAAUGCGUUAGCUUUAUCUGAGCUUUCCACACACCUGUGUCAGUGUGUUUCAACUCAUAGAUGUCAAUACUGGGGAAAGACUUCUUCACAUGGAACGCAAAGGGUCAAGACCACAACUAAAGCAAACACUCUUCACCAUAAUGGUGACUCAACAAAACCAUCAACAUGUAAACUUGUGUUCAUUUUCAAUUAGAACUUUUGUAGACGUGCAACAUAAAUAAAGUGACAGUGGUGUCAGAAGUGAAGGUGAUAAAAGUGUUUGGGAGUUUGAAAGAACCUCCUUGUGAAAACUUUGGAAUUUCACUGUUGAUUUCCCAGAGAAUUUGACAGUGUUAUCCGUGUUUUUAUGGACGUUUUUUGACAACAGUUUUCUCUGUGAAAACUACAGAAUUUUACUGUUAAUUUCACAGCAUUUUUUACAGGGUUUUUCCGUAAAAACAAUGGAAUUUUUGCUGUUAAUUUUACAGACAAUUUUACAGUGUUUCUCCGUAUUUUUUACGGACACUUUCUGAUAACAGGUUUUUUGUGUGAAAACAACAGGAUUUUACCGUUAAUUUCACAGGCAUUUUUUACAGUGCAGUCAAGCAGAGAGUGACAGCGCUAGUGCUCAUCAGAAUGAAUGGCAGGGAAACAUAUUAAGUUAUUUAUACUAAAUAAUGAUUCAGCAGUUGAUUGUGACAUUUUAUUUUAUGGAUUUGUGACUGUUGUUGUCACUUUGAAAUAUAAAUGUUGCAGAUUAACCGAUUAAUGUGAUAUUCAUUUGAAUAACAAUAACUGUAUUUAUGCUUUUCUGCAUAUUCUUUCUUAAUUCUUUAUUUUAGUAACGUAUACAAUAUGUGGUGAUUAGAGUGUGGAUCUCUCUCUGUAUAUAUCCUCAUUGGAGGCGGAGCCCCCCUAAUAUUGAAAACCUAGAAUCGCCCCUGGCUCAGACUCAGUCUCUUUCUCCAUUUUUCAAAUUGGAGCGCGCAUCUAAAAGUUCCUUCUUAGUGUGUGAAUGUGCUCGCGCUGUCAUGACAACAACGGAACAACCUAGUCAGCAGUUCAACUGAGGGGUGGGUGUGGCAACAGUAGCGUGCUGAACUGUCAAGUAAUGUUCGUUUGGUUGUCUGGGGCUCGAGGAUAUAGAGCGACCAACUUUUUUUUGAGCAAGCAUUGAUUAUGCGUGACACGGUCUCAAUUUGCGGGACGCAUGAAUUGGGCUUCAAACGCUGUGCGCGCACGCGCUACGCGGGACGGGUGGUCACCCUAUCAACAUGUAAACUUGUGUUAAUUCCCAAUAAGAACUUUUGUAGACGUACAACAGAAAUAAAGUGACAGUGGUGUCUGUAAGGGAAGCUGGUAAUAGUGUUUGUGAGAUGAAAAAAAGGAUGGAAUUUUACUGUUAGUUUCACAGUGUUUUCCAGUAUUUUUGUGGACAUCUCCUGAAGAAAAAAAACGGCCAUUUCCCAGCAAGCGGGAAGGUUUGCGAAAGAACCUCAAGUCAGGAAAUCAAACCUGGGUCGCCAAAUGUGCGACCAUGCCACAUGUCCAUCGGUUCAGUAGCAUUUUGUUUUUUCUUAUGUCUAUCAGAGGAGCAGUACCAAUAGAUCAAAGUCAUGAUGUUAUUUGCUUCAAGUGUUUUUUCCCUAUUUUAGUAAAAAGCAUUGAAUUGGUUGUGUGUUUCAUAUUGUGUCUUUGUGUAAAGCUGCUUUGCAGAAGUGUAAACUGUGAAAAGCGCUAUACAAAUAAAUGUGAAUCAAAUUUC